GAAUAUGAAAAAUAUUUGGAAUAUGUAAUGGUCCUGCUAAAGAGUGAUUGUUUCGAUUUCAAUGAACAUAUGAGUAGAAACAAAUAAACUUAAGCUUGAUUUUUGAAGAUUUGACCGAGGACACUUCACGGCCACAAUAACAAUGUGGCGAAGUAGCUUACAUCUCACUCGGAAGCAACUGCUGUACCAGAGACGAGAAUUCAUAAAACGGCAAAAUCUUCCGAAUCGAGAAAUACCUGUAAAGGCCGUGCCAAGAUUGGCCUCUAAUAGUGGUGUUGGCAUUAAAAAAGCUGUCGCGUUUACCGUAGGUAGCACCUGCACGUUCUAUGCAGGUGCAACGAUCUACACAUAUGAAUAUCAUGUGACACUACAGCAGAAACUACAGGAAAGAACACGUCUACAAUGGUCCCAAAUUCAGCCUAAGGCCAUAUCCAUUCGCCGUCAGAUCAACGAGUGGUGGCGAAACCAGAGCCCUGGUCACAAAGCAUUUUUUGGCAUUUUCGCAUUAAACGCGGCAGUGCUAAUCUUGUGGCAUGUGCCUCAACUGGCACACAUUAUGCCGCGCUAUUUCUGCCAUUCAGUUUCAUCGCGCAACGUCGUUACUAUGCUUCUUUCAACAUUCAGCCAUUCAUCGCUGUUGCACUUUGGGUGCAAUAUGUUCGUUCUACAUAGUUUCAGUGACGCCAUUUUAAAGAUAAUGGAUCAACAACAGUUUGUGGCUACGUACCUCUCUUCGGGUGUCAUAGCAUCAUUAGCAACUCAUCUUCAUCAAAGUUACACAAAAAUACCUAUACCGAGUUUAGGCGCCUCGGGAGCAAUCCUGGGCAUCGUCGGAAUUGUCUGUGUAAGGAUGCCAGACAUGUCUCUGUGCCUUGUCUUUCUGCCAAUGUUAACAUUUAGUGCGGGCACUGCUAUCAAAGCUCUGCUAGCGUUCGACACACUUGGUUUAUGUUUACGGUGGCGGUUUUUCGACCAUGCGGCACAUCUUGGCGGCGCAUUAUUCGGCGUUGUCUAUGCAAUGGGCGGUGCCAAGUUCAUCAUAGAACGCCAACGUCAAUUUUUUGACCGAUGGCGUGAUUUCCGUACUAAAUAGAAAUAAUCGUCGGAAGCUAGAUAUUUUUAUAAGGCCAAAACUGGGAACAAAAAAUAAGAAGGGGAGAUAAUUUUUUCCCCUUUUUUUUUGUAUGAUAUCCUGCUGUUACUAGUAAUUAUUUAUAAAUUGAAAAGGUGUUUGAGAAAUUCUUAACAAAGUAAAGUGAGUAUCCCACUUUUCAAUUCUCAAAUGGAUAUUACAAAAAUGAGUGGUCGUAUAAAGGUCAGCGAUUUGCUCUAAAUGUACAUGCUAUAUUAGUCUUAAUAAAGUCGUAUCUACAAAACAUGAUUAUGGUUU